UAUUUUAUUUUAUUUUUUAAACGGGCGGCGAUGAGAAGCUGCCAAAUCUGGAAACCAAUCGUGUUUUUACGCUCGUGGCCAUGCAGGUAAAGCGCUCCGCCAUGCCAUCUUAAAUAAAAGUGCAGAAAGAAGUCAUUAUUUGGCUCUACUUUUCGCCGCUGAGCGGAGAGGCUGCUCCCGAAACCGAAGCGGCUGUUCGGGCACARAAGUCGCCACAAUGAGCUCCGAGCACCAGAGCGGCAGCGAGGACGCCGACGAGUCCCAGGACAGGCCCGACAACACCGGCACCGUCUCCGAUAAGGAUGAAGACCCUGAUAUCGACGAGUCGGACGAGGAAGAUGACAAUGCGAGGAGGGUUUCUUCACUACCACCGGGAAGCAGCGAGGACCAGCCGGAGCACAGUGCAGGGUCUCCCGCCGCGGAAAAACUAGAACCCCGCUGCUCAGCGGCCGAUAAGCCGCAGAGUGGGAGCGGUGGAAGCCGGGGGGAUAGUCUGUUCUCCUGGCUGCGGAGCAGGACUACAAGACGAGGGCUGUUUGUGGACCCAGCUCGGGAUAACUUUAGGACAAUGACCAGUUUGUACAGCUCAAUGAACCCAGCUGUAGAGUCUGUCAAUCUGAGCACCCAGACCCAUGGAGCCGUGUUCAACCUGGAGUACUCCCCGGACGGGUCUGUGCUAACUGUGGCCUGUGAGCAGACCGAGGUCCUCCUGUUUGAUCCCGUUUCGUCCAGGCACAUCAGAACUCUAACCGAGGCCCAUGAAGACUGCGUCAACAAUAUAAGGUUUUUAGACAAUCGCUUGUUUGCCACCUGCUCCGAUGACACCACAAUCGCAUUAUGGGACCUGCGUAAGCUGAACUCAAAGGUGUGCUCGUUGCACGGCCACGCCAGCUGGGUGAAGAACAUCGAGUACGACACCAACACUCGGCUCCUGGUUACAUCUGGCUUUGACGGCAACGUCAUCACGUGGGACACUAACAGAUUUACGGAGGAUGGCUGCCCGCACAAGAAGUUCUUCCACACUCGCUACCUGAUGAGGAUGCGCUUGACGCCCGACUGUUCCAAGAUGCUCAUCUCCACUUCCUCGGGGUAUCUGCUCAUCCUGCAUGACCUGGACCUCACACAGUCCCUUGAAGUGGGCAGCUACCGUAUGCUGCGAGCGCGACGGACGCCCCUCAGCUCAGAUUGAGGCACGUCGGCGUCCAGGUCRUCAGCGACUUCUCGACACGGAAACGACUCCAGCAAGAUUCAUCCUCACAGAGAAGGCCUUUCUCCACGGAACAGUCUGGAGGUUUUAACGCCUGAAAUCCCCGGAGAGAAGGACCGAGGAAACUGCAUUACGUCGCUGCAGCUCCACCCCAAAGGCUGGGCCACGCUCAUCCGCUGCUCYAGCAACAUGGACGACCAGGAGUGGACGUGCGUGUACGAGUUCCAAGAGGGAGCGCCCACUCGGCCACUGGUCUCCCCCCGCUGCUCCCUCCGUCUCACCCACUACAUCGAGGAGGCCAACGUGGGCCGGGGCUACAUUAAAGAGCUGUGCUUCAGUCCCGACGGGCGGCUCAUCUGCUCCCCCUACGGCUACGGCGUGCGCCUGCUGGCUUUCAACGAGCGCUGCGGCGAGCUGGCCGACUGCCUGCCGGUUCAGACCAGCUGCCUGCGGGAGAUCCGCUCCAUCUACUCGCACAGCGACGUGGUGCUCACCACCAAGUUCUCCCCGACGCACUGCCAGCUGGCCUCGGGCUGCCUCAGUGGGCGCGUGGCCCUUUACCAACCCAAGUUUUAACGUCUCGUGCGGUCAAAGAACCGAGCUCUGCAGACCUGGGUGAAGAAGCAUUUUAACGCGAGGGGAAAAAGUCUGAAGCAUCUUUAUAAGCAAAUUUCUGCAGCGUUCUAAUGUUCWUGCAAUGAUAUAUUCUCUUAUUUCAGGCUACCAUCUGUGCAGAUGCAGGUAUUUAUCAUUAAAGUAAAAGUUAUUCUAAAGACUUUUAACAGAUGUACUGUAGCUGAAAGCAAACACUCCUGUGCUGAAACCUUAGCCUUUGGUUUCAGGUGCUCAGUGGACUUCUUCAUAUGCAGAUAUUUUCAAUAAUAAGUGCUUCAGUUACCUUUUAAUAAGCUUGUAUUCUUCUGAGCCAUGCUUCGUAUCUAGACCCAGGUCUGCAGCUGUUAGUGGACCGCUUGUUUAGGUGCUAGCUGUUAUCAGACAGCCACUGACAGGAAGUGGGCGGGGUUAAUUAAAGACUUCAGCUCAGGGGCUGCCUGCCAGGAUGCAGCAGUGGACAGACGCAGCCUCCCGGAGUUGACGGGGAAAUAAAAACCUUCCAGAAGCGCUCUAAGAUGUUGAUUGUUCUGUAGGCUUCUGUCCAGACUGAUAAAGAAGACUCUGAUUCUUGAUGCAGCAUAAUAGUUGGGCCACAACUUUUUUUCCCUUUUUUUUCCCCCACACAGCAGAAAACUUGUGACUUUUUCAUUUGAGACUCUGCACAUCCUGGUGUCACCGUCUCAGGA